AGCGCCAAAUUUUGUGUUAAAAAAACACUACCGAAUCGCACGAAUAAUAGAAGAUAAAAAUAUCAGUAGUAGUAUUUAUUAAUAAUAUAUAAGUACAACAAUAUUUUGAAUAUUUAUCUUCCAAAAUUGACAUUCUGUAGAUAGAAAUAUAAAGAGAUAAUGUCAUUGACUUCAUCAAUAGAAUAACAAAUAGUUUUGUAAUAAAAUAAUAGGUAGCAAUCUGAUGAUGUCGAAUAUAAAGUCAGUCAGCAAUGUAGCGAGAACUGUGAAGAGCAGACCUUUCAGAGUGGCUAUUGAAGGUAACAUUGGGUCUGGCAAGUCAACUUGUAUUAAAUUCUUUGAAAAAUACCCAAACAUGGAAAAGCAUGCUGAGCCUAUAAACGAAUGGCGAGAUGUCAGUGGUCAUAACUUGCUCGGUCUUGUGUAUAGUGAUCUCAAUAAGUGGACCUUCCCGUUCCAGCACUAUGUACAUCUCACUCGUCUCAAAAUCCAAACAAGCCCACCAUGUCAUUCAAAAAUUACAGUUAAAAUGUUUGAGAGGUCUGUACAGAACAGCAGAUAUUGUUUUGUUGAGAAUGCAAGGAAACAGGGAUACCUCCAUGAUGCAGAGUAUGAAGUAUUAAAUAAGUGGUACGAACAUAUUACCAAACAAAUUGACAUACGUUUAGAUCUUAUAGUUUAUCUUAAAACUACCCCAGAAGUAGUAUUUGAGAGAAUGAUGAAACGUGGCAGGGCAGAAGAGUCUGAAGUGCCUUUAGAAUAUUUACAACAAGUACACGACGCCUAUGAGAAUUGGUUGAACUCGCCCGACGUAGGCUGUGAGGUGCUGACAAUCGACGCUGACCGUAGUAUUGAUGUUGUCAAAGAAGAUUUAGAAAGAUACAGCUAUAAAAUCCUAGGUGGAAACCAUACUAAUUGAUUUAAAUCAUCAAGAUUGACGAACUAGAUUGCCAGAGCCGUAACUAGUGUGGGUGUGCCCCCCCCCCCCCCCCAUAAAAAAAUACAUGCGCGCUCCCUAGUUAUGGCACUGACAACUUAUAUCAGCAACCAUUAUAGAAAAAGCCUUCAGAUUGGCUAAAUAGGUCUACCUAUCUAAAGAAUAAAGUUAAAUCUGCUUACCACAUAUAAAUAUUACUCAAAUUUAUUUGCUUUUUCGUGUCCAUUAUUAAUAUAUACAAAAUUAAAUGCUACUUUUGAAAGUAUGUACGUUUUAAAAUGUUUAUUAGAAUAGAAACGGUAUGUAGCAAGAAAAGUUACAAAGACUGACAAACUAAUUCGACCUUAUUUAAUUUUAUUCUAUGGAUAAGUCUGAAACCAAUAACGUGACUAGUUUCCGUAAUCUUAUAAAACUAGAUAAAUACUGUGACGCAAUUAGUAUGGCUAUAGUGCCAAGUUCCGGCACUAACAACGUUGCAAUAACGUCCAUUAAAAUUUUCAUUACUUUAAAGCAGCACUACCAUUAUACAAAUUUAGCAUUAAUUACAGCUUAAGGGCGUCAUUAAACCUUAAUGGACGUUAGUGCAAUGACCGACUGCCCAUACAAAUUUGAUUUAUUAGUUUGAGAUUACGCUAAGAAUAUUUUAUUAUAAGUAGAAAGAUGUCAGUGACGUCAUUAAUACAGAGUUCCUCACGUGUAAUAUACAGACUUAAACUAAAAUUUGAACAAACUUAAUCUGUUGUGAAAAGUUUUAAUUUGUAAAUAAAAAAUAAACUACACGAAAAUGAUAACAAUUGAUUUAUAAGCUAAUGCUAGUGACGUAAUUAGUAUGGGUGCCGUCCCUCGAGUGCCCCCUAGUUCCGGCACUGUCAACUGAUUAAUAAAGUAAUUGAACGACGUAUUGUGUAUAAUUAAUUAUAAUUUGAAAUGUAUUUUCUACAAUUAUUUUUAUAGCCCAGAAAUAACCUACCUACGUUAUUAUGGAAAAAUAACUUAUAAAUUUGAUUCAAGACUUCUAAUGAUCUGAUAUAUAUUGUAACAAAACUGUUUAUUGUGAUCAAAUAAAUACUCUUAUUUC